AUGAGACGGAACGAAGAAGAUCGCAGCCACGACCACUAUCGGCACGGCUAUCCGCGUCGACGACACAACGAAGGUCCUCGGCAUUCACGGCCCUGGGAAGAUCGGCUUCGUCCAAUUCGACAGUCCAACCACUUCGGCCUUCCGAAUGGACAGCGCGCUCGUGCCGGUGGAAACUUACCUCAGCAGCAGUUAGUUUGGGUUUUGGGAUGGUUUUGUGAAAACUGUUCGAAAUCAGCCUUUCUAAAGGAAAACGCAAUUUUUAGAGUGCCGGUGGCUCAAAACCAAGGACCGCCACUCAGAGAGCGAGGACAGGACAGAGGUCCUCGUCACAUAGAAGUGAUGCUCGAGAGGAUAGUCGCCAACCAACAAGAACUACCGCCGAUGCCUCAAGACGACGUCCAAGUACAGCGCCUUAUCAACCAAGCCGUCCGUGAAGUCAAUCGUCCGGUUUAAAGACUCUCAGUGCCGCUGAAAUCCUUUUUGAAGGCAAUCCAAAGAAAUCGCGAGCGUCCCAGCGAAGGAAUCAAGAUGCAGACGGCCAUCGAACUCGACCAGCGUGAAAUAAAUUGCUGGGAUGAACUUGAAUGUUUGUUUUCCGGCUCUCGGAUAAGCUGUUAGGUCUGUUCUAGCCGACAUGAGCUCGAAAAACUUGCGCUUCGGCAGUUCUCCUCCAGGCGAAGUCGAUUUCCCAGCAUCAGUUGAGCGACUAUUUUUGGAGAAGCUACUUACUCAAUUUGAGAACUUGGACAGCGUGGCUGGUUUGCGCAUGUGGGAUCAAGAGCGAACGAUGGCCGAAGCGAGGGAAAGCCUUUCGCCUGACUCUCAGGCUCCCAUACAUCCAUUCUCAUUAAUAUUGUUUUUUAUUUGCAGAAUUCUCCAAUUGACAUCCGACGGUUACUGGAGCGCGUGGAAGCACAUUUAAAUUUUUCUGAAUCGGAUUACUUAGUGGUAAAGCUUUCAAUUAUUUUUUGAGAAAUGUAACAAAUAUUCAGAUCACCCAAACUGAAAAAGAGCUGCAAGAUAGGUUGGAUAAGCUGAAGAAGGACUUGGAAAAGAUCGACGACUUGCUUCUGCGCAUCCAAAGCAUCUCCAUUUCCUGA